CUCGCAGGGAGUGAUACUUCUGUGACUGACAUUUCUCUCCGGGGGCUGUUACGUAAGGGGAGGGGCAAGCGCGGCCCCACCCGAGCCGAGCAGAUUUGAUUGGCAGAACCUUUAGCCACCGCCCCAACGCCCCCGGAAGAACGUGUUUGACCGACAGGUGAAGUGAAUUCUGAGGACAGAAGAAUUUGAUGACACAGACCACUGAACUUCUUUGUUGGGAGCACACGUUAUGAACCCUUUCUGGAGCAUGUCUACAAGCUCUGUACGCAAACGGUCUGAUGGUGAAGAGAAGACAUUAACAGGGGAUGUGAAAACCAGUCCUCCACGCACCGCUCCAAAGAAACAGCUGCCUUCUAUUCCCAAAAAUGCUUUGCCCAUAACUAAGCCUACAUCUCCUGCCCCAGCAACACAGUCAACAAAUGGCACGCAUGCUUCCUACGGACCUUUCUACCUGGAAUACUCCCUUCUUGCAGAGUUUACCUUGGUUGUGAAGCAGAAGUUACCAGGUGUCUACGUGCAGCCGUCUUAUCGAUCUGCAUUAAUGUGGUUUGGAGUAAUAUUCAUACGGCAUGGACUUUAUCAAGAUGGCGUAUUUAAGUUUACAGUUUACAUCCCUGAUAACUACCCGGAUGGUGACUGUCCACGUUUGGUGUUUGAUAUUCCCGUCUUUCACCCGCUAGUGGAUCCCACCUCGGGUGAGCUCGAUGUGAAGAGAGCAUUUGCAAAAUGGAGGCGGAAUCAUAAUCACAUUUGGCAAGUACUGAUGUACGCAAGGAGAGUCUUCUACAAGAUUGAUACAGCAAGCCCCCUAAACCCAGAGGCUGCAGUACUGUACGAGAAAGAUAUUCAGCUCUUUAAAAGUAAAGUGGUUGACAGCGUUAAGGUGUGCACUGCUCGCUUGUUUGACCAACCUAAAAUAGAAGACCCCUAUGCAAUUAGCUUUUCUCCAUGGAAUCCUUCUGUCCAUGAUGAAGCCAGAGAGAAGAUGCUGACUCAGAAAAAGAAGCCUGAAGAACAGCACAAUAAAAGUGUUCAUGUCGCUGGCCUGUCGUGGGUGAAGCCUGGCUCAGUACAGCCUUUCAGUAAAGAAGAGAAAACAGUAGCGACUUAAGAGCUGGUGGAUCGGGUGCACCGCGCACUUUCCUGCUGGACUCCGGCCCGUGAAGCUGACCAAUGCGAAGGACCGCCUGCAGAGUAAAGCGCUGUGAACAGUGGCUGACGUCAGUGGUGCUCGUGUGUGCUUAGCUUCUAACCGCACGUUCUGGAAACCUCUCUUUACGCGAUGCAUUACUUCUGUCAGGAGUGUCUUUAAAGGUGGUUAUCUAGUUCAGUACUCCAAAUUAUUGGGGACCUUGAAGCUUACGUAUUUUUUUGAAUAUAAUGCUAAAGGUAAGUUGCAUUCAUUUAAACUAAUGAAGUAAGCAAAGUUCAACACUAUAAUGAUUUUUUAAUUGGUGGUUUCAGUUGUACAUAUGUUAGGGUGCAGAGAGGAAAGGAUAGCAGUUUCCAUAGCUUAUUAGCACUUUUAAGUGGAGGAGCAGUUGAAUGAAUGAACCUCAGUCUUCAGCUCACUGUGUUACUGAUAUACAAACUGCUGUCACUGAGGGACAUACGAGGAGAGUGAGAGGAAGCCAGAACACUUGUUCUUAGGUGUUUUGUGUUUUUUUUUUUUAAGCAAAUUACUGUAUUUUUAUGGCAGGAGGGAGAAAAAGUGUUAAAACGGUUUCUAAUGAAGUCAGAUUUAAAUGAUGAAUGACUAGUGUGUUUUGUAGAGACAAUAAAUCAAUGAAUGAUUGUUCUUUGUCAUUUAUGCAGGAAACUAAAUACCCUUUUCUCAAUAUAAACAAAGAUUAAUUUAUAAAUGCUUUAUUGAAAAAUAUACUUAUUUUCAUAUAAAAUUACAGUAGCAGUAUCUUGAGAGGUUUUAUAAAUAUUUUUGCAGAACACUAUUCUAAUUGAACAGUGUAAGUUCCAUAUUUCUUUCAGAGCAAUAUGAAGUUACCUAGUAACUUUGUUUAUACUGAUUCAAUUUACAAUUGAACUUUCUCCCUAAUAAGAUUAUUCAUUCAACUUUAAAACUGCUGGAACAAUAGUGAUUAAUAAAGGUAUAUAUAGAUAAUUCAGUAGCUGUUAAAUUAACAUUUUCUAAUCUGUAUAAAUGGUACUGUGUACUAAUAAAAACCUAAAAUUCUCCAAUCUAUUUUUUUAAACUUCUAGGAACACACCCAAAGAUAUUUAAAAAUACCACCUUAAUAAAGACACAUGUCUUUUUGGAUAACUACCUCCUAAAGGAAGAGGUCAUAAUUUUUCAUAAUCUCUUAAUUCAACUUGAUUUAAAAUCUUUACUUAGCCAGCUGAUCCCUAUCAACAAAAAUGGAGAAUUUCAAACACAUGCCCAAAAGGUACCUACUGGGGCUUUAACAAUUUAAAAAAAGUACAAAAGCAUCAAAGAAGAUAUUAAGCCUAGAAGUUUUGUACUUAAUAAAGUUCACAUUGUAGAAAGUGCCAUCGCAAAUAUACAGCAAAAUCUGGGUUACAAAAUCAUGCUUUUUACAGCCCUAAAGUGCCACUUCUUAUACAAGUUCACUCACACAUUGCACACCAAAGACUUGUCACACUGCACCACACCUACUGGGGUAGGGAAGAAUUACACAAAGGAAACGGGAGACUUGGACUGGUUAUCUAGGACCCCCAAAUCUGGGUGCUUUCCCAAUUUGUUACCUUUUAGGAAUGCAGAAAUCUCACACUCCUACCAAGUGUUUUAGGACGAAAUGCCAAGUUUUGCUUUUCAUCAGGGCCAGGGCUGACCACAAAACAGGAAUGAACUGAAACAUGGUUCCUCUGCUGGAACAUGUUAACAGAGACCUCUUCUAGACACAAGUACGCUUCGUUCUCUGCAGUACUUGUAAUACUUGGAAUAGCUUUGCCAAAGAGUUAAAAAAUCCAACUGUGUUGGAUUCUAGGCAGCCUUGAUGGCAAGCACUGCAAGGUAGGAAAAAAGGCAGUUGGGGUAAGUAAAAAUAUCAUAAGGAUACUGGAAGGAUUCAGGAAAAGAGCCCCAUAAUCUAGCAUGCGUUAAAUGCUGCUGCUAAACAGAGUUUGUGAAGAGACAGUUUCAAUACAACGGACUAACCUCAGUGGGAACCUCGGUCAUUAGCUACAUCUUGGAGACGACGUAAUAAGGCAGAAUGAUUUUCUGGGCAAAUUCUUUUUGCAGGUGAUUCACUUCCAUCUUCCAAAAGAAUCCCUCUCUUUUUGGUUGGAGUUUCUCCUGUCCGUAUCAUACUGUUAAUUUCUCUCAGUCUCUGGUGGCAGAGGUAAAGAUAGAUACAAAAAGCGUUAAAAUUCUAAUACACACAGUUCAGUGUUGCAUCAAAGAACCUCAAAUUAGUUAAGCAGUUUACAUUGAAGAGUUUGAACAUCUUUAUAAAGGAAAGAACUAGCAAA